AUGUGUUGCUUUUUCCCUCCUCACAUUUUGAGGGAAAAGAGUUCGUACUUUAUACAUUCACUAAGCGCUUCUCUAAGAGAAGAAGAAGAAGAAAAAGAAAGAAGAAAUGAGGGCAAAACGCUGACGAUGUUAACGACGAUGCUAAAACCGUUCUCCUUCGCGAAAUCUUUGGUACCAUCGCUCGCGUGCUUCGCGUGUGGCGUCUUGCUCGAAUUGGGUUUUGGUCUGACGGGGAAACUUCGACGGGGAAACGUGACGAAGAAGAGAAGACUUCUGGCGGUCUCCGGCACCUUGCAAGACGGAUUCGCGCUGAGGAAGAACCUAGACGGCGUAAGAGAGGAAGAUAAAGCCGUGUUUAUUGGGUUCGCGCUCGUUCGAGGCGUGAAGAUGUAUUUCGACGUGAAACCAGAAGGGUGCCGAGAACACGUCCGGAAAGACUUUGAAGACGAAGACGAAGAAGGACGAAGAAGACAAAGAAGACCGAACAUGAAUCCAGCGUUAGUGGUGACGAACGAUUGGAACGAUGCGAACGUGUACCACGUGUUUGCGGUGACGGAAGAGGCGUUGUGCGAAGCGUUGGCGAAUGAACCGAGGUAUUUAGGCAUCGCGCCGGACAUAGCGAAGGUGGAUUUGUGGGCGAAGGAAACGAGCGAGAGCGUGAGGGUCGCCGCGGGUGUCGGAAGCGUUUCCGGCGGCGGCGGAGGAGGAGUUGGAGGUGAAAAUGAUGACGAUGAUACGAGAUACGCAACAAUGCUCACGGUUGUUGCGUACGGGAUUCCGGGCGCGCGCGCGGUGGAAGCCAAAGGGUACGCGAAAGAGGACGGGUGUCGCGUGACCACCUUCGCCGAAUGCUCCGCGCGCGCGUUCGGCGACGAGAAACCACCGUUUACCACGCGCGACGCAAACAUACGCAAAGCGCAAAAAGGAAACCUCGCAUCACAAUCUCCCUCAUCAUCAUCUAAAGACGACGACGAAGAAAUACACGACGCGAUAAAUACCACAAAAAUCAUCCGUUUACGAGAGGAUCUCUACGGCGCUCGGUCCUCCUUUUCGCCGCGACUGAUCGAUCGAACCGCCGCCGAACGCGCCGUAGCGUACGUCCAAAAACAACGCGCAACAAUACCCAAAAGCGACGUAAAUACUCUCGGAGGAUAUUCUCCGCCCGAUGCGUAA